CGCCAAGUCUCACCUAGUACAGCUGCAGGGCACGCGCUCGCAGUAUGCCGUGGGCGCUCGUCGUCGUCUCUCACGACGAUGGCGUGCAUCGCAUCCUGCUUUCUCCGCAAUACUCACCAUCUUCGCACUGUUCGCAGUAAUGCAGCUUGCCCAGGACAAUUAGGAAGGUCGAGUUUGUUGGAAGCUCUCAUAAUGUCGCUUGAAUGGUGUACGUGCAGCCAAUGUUCGCUCGCUGCGAACCGACACUAAGCAACUCAACAAGAUUAUGGACAGAUUUGAGAAGGGAAAUUUCACAGGAAAGCUGGAACAGUUGCUUGACUGCAUGUUUGCAGACUCACGAGGACGGAUAUUGAAGUGGUUCAGCCCUCAUGCAAUCGACUAUGUUUCUGAUGUUGUCAGCACUGAGAUGGAUGCCAUCAAGGAGGACCUUCGAGGGGCACUCGACAUCAUCACUCCGGAGUUUCUUUUAACAUGGGAUCUUAAUUCGACGAUGGACAACACAAUUGCACCCAAGGCACCGGUCCUAUGACGUCUUCUGCACCGUGCAGCUCAAACAACCCAUGCUAAGGAAAAGAAUGAUUGCAGUACCGCGUGCAAUGUCAUCCUUGCGCAACUUGCUUCUCAGCGUUCGCAUCUCAAGAGAAGCAUUGUGAAU